GGGAGGGAGGGAGACGCAGCGGACGCGGCGCAGGGACCCGGCUGCAGCUGCAGCGAAGCCCCCAGCCCAGAGGAGGCAGCCGCCAUGGGCUAACCCGGCCACCCCGGACCUCCCCUCCCCCAUGUCGGACGCCUCCCGCCCCAGCCAGGCGCCCGCGUUCCCGCGGCUGUGGGACCUGCGCCCCCACGCCUGCUCGCCCCCCCAGGGCCGCGGCUACGGCUGCCCGACCUGCGGCAAGGCCUUCGCCCGCUCCUCGGCGCUGCUCCGCCACGAGGCCGCGCACCGCGGCGAGAAGCCCUUCCGCUGCGCCGAGUGCGGCAAAGGCUUCGCCCAGGCGGCUCAGCUGGAGACCCACGGGCGGUCGCACACCGGCGAGCGCCCCUUCGCCUGCCCGCACUGCGCCAAGGCCUUCAUGUCCUCCUCCCACCUGGCGCAGCACCGGCGCACCCACUGGGCCGAGCGCAAGCACGGCUGCCCGCUGUGCGGCAAGACCUUCCUGCGCCCGUGGGACGUGGCCCAGCACCAGCGCUUCCACACGGGCGAGCGGCACUUCCGGUGCGAGCGCUGCGGGCGCGGCUUCUUCCGCUCCUCCGACCUGCUGCGGCACCAGCGGGUGCACACCGGUGAGCGGCCCUUCCGCUGCGAGCGCUGCGGCAAGACCUUCGCCCGCUCCUCCGUGCUGGCCAAGCACGCCCGCACCCACACCGGCGAGCGGCCCUACCGCUGCCCGGCCUGCCCCAAGGCCUACGGCACCGCCUCCCAGCUCACGGAGCACCAGCGGGUGCACACCGGCGAGCGGCCCUACCUCUGCUCCGUCUGCGGCAAGACCUUCGCCUACUCCUUCCUGCUGCGCCGUCACCUCAAGAUCCACACCGGGGAGCGGCCCUACCCCUGCCCCGAGUGCCCCAAAGCCUUCAAGACCUCGGGGCACCUGCAGAAGCACCGGCUGAUUCACACCAGGGACAGCGCGGCCGGGGGGAGGAGGCAGCGGCGGAAAAGGGAGGCGGGGCCGGGAGCGGAGUGAGAGGUGGGAAAGGGGGUGCCCCCACCCCGUCCAGGGAGACUCACCCCCUCCCACUGUGGGGGAUGCUCAUUGGGGCGUCUUCGGAGAGGGGGUGCAGAGACUACAGAACCCCCCAAAUUGGCACAUUGCAGCCCCAAAUUAAAAGCCAGCAUCCCCCCCCAAAUUGGCAGUAAGAUGCAUGCUCAAGUUAAACGCCAGGUUUACCCCCAUAUUGGCAAGUUGCACCCCCACAUUAGAAGCCAUGUUCUCCGCUUAAAUUGGCAGCAAGAUGCAGCCCUAAAUCCAGCCCUAGAUUCACCCUUUGACUGGCAAAAUGUGGGUCCAAAAUCAGAGGACUCGGGUUCCCCCAAAAGCUGACAGCAGGAUUUAACUCCCAAAUUGACAGUCAGGUUCACCCCAAAAGAGCAAAGUUCCUCCCCCAAAAUGGAAUCAGGUUCACCCCAAAAUUGGCAGCCAGUUUGCCCCCAAAUACCAACAAAAUACACCCCCAAAUUAACAGCAAGGUUCACCCCAAAACAGAAUCAGGUUCACCCCAAAAUUCACAGCAAGAUGCACCCCCAAUUUCAGAACCCCCAAACUGACAGAAGGCUGAUGCCAUCAUUUAUAGAAGACACCCCCAAAUUAGCCCUCACCCCAAAAUUUCAUAGCAAGGUGACACCCAACAUUCAUAGGAUGAUUCACCCCAAAUUUCAUAGCAGAUUCACCCCCAAAUUAACAGCCUGGUUCACACUACAGUUAUUAAUAAGAUGUGCCCCGAAUUCAGAGCUGGAGUCACCCCUACAUUUAUAGCAGUUUGCUGGGAAUUGCACCCUAACAUCAGCGCCGUCUUUGCCCCCAAAUUUCACAGUGGGUUCACCCCAAAUUUAUAGCAGGAAUCAAUGCAUAAAACUGGCACAGCGGUCCCAAGUUCAGAGCUGGGUUCACCCCAAAACUGACAGCAAGAUUCACCCCAAAAUUUGACAGGAAGGUUUCCCCAGAAUUACAUGGCAGUUGCACCCCAAAUUUUCUAACAAGGAUCCCCAGGUUUACAGCAAUUUGAUCCUGCAGCGAUCCCCCAAUCUGGCACCAAGAUUCACCCCAAUUCUGUCACAAAUUAACCAUCUGUUCACCCACAAAUCACAGCAAUUUCAACCCCUCUAAUUGACAGAUUCAUCCCCAAAAUCAGAGCAUGAUGCUACCCCAUUUUACAGCGAUUCACCCCAAAUUGGUGAGGUUCACCCCCAAAUCACAGCCAGAUUCACCCCAUCAGCCAGCCCUGAGAACUGACAGAAUUCACCCAAUGUCACUGUAUGUUUCAGCGUCCCCCCAAACUGACAGAUUCACCCUAAUUUCACAGGAAGAUCCCUCCUCCCAAAUCAUGGCUAGGUUCAGCCCCAUUUCAUAGCAGGCGAGCACCCCCCUAAAUUGAACAAGAUUCACCCCCAAAUCAGCAGCAUUCACCCCAAAAUUUCCAAGCGGGGAAUCAACCCCAAACUGACUGUGACACCUCCUCUCAAAUUCACCCCAACAUUUCACAGCAUGCUUCCCCCCAGCUGUAAAUAAGAGAGAAGCAGACCUUUCCCCCCCUCCAUAGACUCUGGGCCCCUGGGGUUCCCUCUAAGCCUCCUCUGGCUUGAGGGGGCUGUUGGAUGGGGGGGUGCAUGUCUAUACGUCUCUAUUGUGGCCUGAUGCGCUCCGGGACUGGGAAUUGCCAGAUCGUUGUCUCUGUAGUGACCUCCUGAACCCUGAAAUGUAUAUGGUGUUCCCCCACCAAGUCCUCCCUCAUACAGUAAAAUGUGGUUUGGUCCUAUA